GAAUCAUCCCUUUAAUGCAGUGAAACCUUAGGGGGAAGAGCAGGGAGGAUGUAUUGGCUGUUAGGGAAAUGUAGGCUACUGGUAGAAAAUGACAGCUCUAUUAGUAAGGUCUAAGUGCUUUCUGGGAAUUGUCUUGCCAGAGAACCUGAGCUGGACAAAGCAGCCUUGAUCUGAGUGAACUAACUGGCACCAUGAAACUCUCAGGUGUCUUUCUGCUCCUCUCUCUGGCUCUUUUCUGCUUUUUCUCAGGUGUCUUCAGUCAAGGAGGACAGAUUGACUGUGGUGAGUUCCGUGACCCCAAAGUUUACUGCACUCGGGAAUCUAACCCCCACUGUGGCUCUGAUGGGCAGACAUAUGGCAAUAAAUGUGCCUUCUGUAAGGCAGCAGUGAAAAGUGGUGGAAAGAUUAACCUAAAGCAUCCUGGAAAAUGCUGAACGAGAGCCAGUGUUUUGUGCUGGCUCGCCAGCUCUCUCAUCCUUCCUUUGUUGUUUCUACUUAUACUUUUCUCUAGCAGAUCCCUUGAGUGCAUAACGACACACCUUCUACUCUGCCUGGGUCUUGAGGAGUUUAAUGUAUAUCUAUUUCCCUUGAUUUGCUUGUUAAUAAAGUAACUUCUGCAGAA